GAGCUUUACUCUGUAUCUAACCCCGUGCUGUCCCUGUCCCUGGGAGUGUUUGAUGGGGAGGACAGUGUAUGUAUCGGGCAUUGGUCUGUCUCGGUCUCUGCACUAACAGCCCGAGCUCUCUCUGUCCAGGCCUGGGCCAGGUUCAAGGGGCCGUGCCGGGAUUGGCGGAGCCUGAAUCCCCGCACCUGGAAAUCGAGGCUGCGAUGCGCGCUCCACAAAAGCAGUGAUUUUGUGGAGGUCCCAGAACGCUCCCAGCUCAACCACUUCCAGCCAUACAAAGUCUACAGGAUCAUCGACAGCAGUUUCAGUCAGGAGAGGAUAUCGCCAUCCAUUCACCUGGUCGCAGUGAAACUGGAGAUGAAUGACAGCAAUGGUGUGGAGAGUUCACAGUCCGGCUUACCCAGAAGGCUGCUGCAAGUGGCCGAGCAGCAGGUAGAGAGUGAGGUUUCUCCUCUCCAUUACCAACAGGCCGAGAGUGACAGCAGCUGUGAGCCCUUUUCUGGGUGCGAGGCGUCUCCUCCUGAAGAAUCGUGCCUUGAAAAUACCUCCUUGCCGUGGAGACUGCAGGCCCGCGACCGAGAGAAGCCAUCACUCACAGUUGACCUGAGCACAGUGAAGCUGGAGGAGAGUGGGAGCGCUGGAAUGGAGAGCUCCCAGCCCAGCUCCCCCAGCAGGGAUGUGGAGACAUUGCACCAGCAGGUAAAAAGUGAAGGUCCAGCUCCCACUUCCCAGCAGGUGGAGAGUGAUAGCGGCUGUGAUCCCAGUUCUGACACCGAAAGGUCUAUUCCCAAGGAAUGUUCUGUUGGAAGCAUCUUGCCAGACCCAGAAUUGGAGCCCUGUGUGGAAGUGAGGACAUGGUCUGACUCAGAACCAAGCGUAAAGAUAGAGGAGGGGAGCAAGAGUGGCAGUGGUGGAGAGAAGGACAUGCUUCCCCUCACCACCAGCGGGCAACUGGGAAUGUUGGAGCAGGCACCGGGCAACAGGCCAACCCGUGAUUCCACAAGGGCGGAGGUAGACAGCAACGGCGAGCCCCGCUCUGGCUCCGAGGUGUCUGCUCAAGAGAAAGGCCCCAACGGGGCCCCCCGGAUGGAGUGCAGCCCGACGCCCAGUGCUGAAGUCACCAGGAAUUGCACCAUCAACAUCAACCCGACACCAGCAAGCCUCCCAGAGAAAAGCAACACUUCUCUGAGAUGCAUCAACAAUUUCACCAUCAACAUCGGCGGGCCAUCCGACAGAGUGCCACACAAUUACACAGUGAACAUCCACUGCCCGCCGCUGGCUGGCCCUACGGAGAAAGCAGUGAGCAGUUACACCAUUAACAUCGGCAGCUCGACACCAACCAGCCUUCCGGACAGAGUGGUGAACAAUUACACCAUCAACAUCGGCAGCCCAUCCCCAGUCAGCCUCCUGGACAGAGUGGUCAACAGUUACACCAUCAACAUCGGCAACACGACGCAAGCAAGCCUUCCAGACACAGAAUCCGGCCACCUUUGACGACAACCGGGAGCGGAAAGCCAUGACCAGCGAGGCCUCCCCUUGCCGAACAGGUCUACCAAGGGGCGAGAGCACGUGCCGGGCCCCACCCGAGAAGGGGAGCCCCUUUGAGGGGUUCUGUGUGGAGGUGGGCUCGCCCCUGUACUCAGCCCCUGUGGGGAAGAGGCACAGGCAGAGCUGGAGAGGGACAAUUGACCUCCCCCCACCAGACAGCAGCAGACUCAGGAAGGCAGUGAAGCGAGGUUGGUGCCUCAGCUCCAGGAACGUGUAUUCGCUGAGGGAACCAAAUACAACUUCAGUUUUUUUAACUGA